AUGUCGGAAACACUGCCAAACAGCAAAAAACAAGUGUCGAGGCAACUGCGGGAGCGAAAACAACGCAAGCUGUACUCCGAUGAAUGGGCACUUGGGGAUGAUGAAGCUGAGGGAGGACGUGGAUUUUCUCUUGCUGAUAAACUUGAAAGUGCCAGAUUUGAACACACUGGAGCAGUACUUGAAAUGCAUGGAACAGAUCUUACUGUGUCAUACUUACAAAAGAAUGGUUUUACUACUCCGCUUCUGUUCAAAGAAAAAACUGGGCUGGGAUUAAGAGUCCCUACGAGCAACUUUACGGUGAAUGACGUACGCAUGUGCGUGGGUUCGCGGCGGCUGCUUGACGUGAUGGACGUGAACACGCAGAAAAACAUAGAGAUGACCAUGAAGGACUGGAAUCGAUAUUACGAUGAUGCGAACAAAGAACGCCUGCUUAACGUGAUUUCCUUAGAGUUCUCUCAUACCCGGUUGGAGAAUUAUGUGCAAGCGCCGCGAAUAGUGCGCCAGAUCGACUGGGUGGACACCGUGUGGCCACGACACCUGAAAGAUCAACAGACUGAAUCAACCAAUGCUCUGGACGACAUGAUGUAUCCUAAAGUGCAAAAGUAUUGCCUCAUGUCAGUUAAGGGAUGCUACACUGACUUUCACAUCGAUUUUGGUGGAACUUCGGUUUGGUACCACAUUUUAAGAGGCGCAAAAGUGUUUUGGCUUAUUCCGCCCACCGAGAAAAACUUACAGUUGUACGAAAAGUGGGUCUUAUCUGGCAAGCAAUCUGAUGUCUUCUUUGGCGAUACCGUUGAGAAAUGCAUUCGAGUCCACUUACAAGCCGGUCACACAUUCUUUAUUCCGACGGGUUGGAUCCACGCCGUGUACACUCCGAGCGACUCUCUCGUUUUUGGAGGCAACUUCUUGCAUCAGUUCGGAAUUGAGAAACAACUUAAAAUCGCGCAAGUCGAAGACGUUACUAAGGUACCACAGAAGUUCCGUUACCCGUUCUUCACUGAGAUGCUGUGGUACGUGCUUGACCGGUACGUGAGCGCCCUAUUAGGACGAAGUCAUCUCGCUCCCGAGGGACAGUCCACCCCACCGUCGCCUCCCAAAGAACACGUGCAUCUCACACAAAACGAGUUGCAUGGUCUUAAGGCGAUUGUCAUGUACCUACACCAAUUGCCGGCGGCACGAAAAUCGGUACCGGAGCUGCUGUCCGAUCCAAUCGCUCUUGUUCGGGACGUGCGUACGCUCGUAGAACAACACAGGCACGAUAAACAACAUUUAGCCGUUACUGGAGUGCCGGUUCUGAAAGGGCCGGAGGAGACGGCGCCGGCGGAGCGGCGGCAGUCGAGCGGGCGUGGCGCGCGCGGCGGCGCACGCGGCGGUGCGACACGUCCGCGCCCCGACCACGCGAACGGUGCACCGCGCCGACGCCGCACCAGGUGUAAAAAAUGCGAGGCGUGUCAACGUACCGACUGCGGAGAGUGUGUGUUCUGCCACGACAUGGUCAAAUUUGGUGGAUUGGGACGCGCUAAACAGACUUGCAUUAUGCGUCAGUGCUUGCAGCCUAUGUUGCCCGUGACUGCUUCGUGUGCAGUGUGCCACUUGGAUGGCUGGAUGCAAACACCCGUCGCGCCACAAGCCAAGGGUAACUCGGGGCGCAACGGGGCGUCGUCGCUGCGCGAGUGCUCGGUGUGCUACAGCAUCGUACACCCGGGCUGCGUGCCGCCCGGUGGCCAACUCAACGAGGACCUGCCCAACUCCUGGGAGUGCCCCACCUGCACCACCAUGGGCCUCAACCACGACUACAAGCCACGUCAUUUCCGAGCGCGUCAGAAGUCCUCAGAUCUACGGCGUAUGAGCAUUGGAUCGGAUGUAAGUCAACUUGGCCAACAUCAUAAUAAUUUACAGAACAAAUUACCACCACCUCCACCUCCUGGGCCGGUCAAAUCUGAGCCUGGAUCAGAUAGCGAGAGCAAGAAUGAUGUUUUACAUCUUAAAUCUGAAGAUGAGAUAAAGCGCGAAGAGUGCGAUGGUGAAGGUGGGACUGAGGAGGAGUGGGAGCCGGCAGCCAAGAAACGCCGCUCCAGCCACGAGGAUGAGGCGCCUAAGAAACAGGCGCUACGGGCACAUUUAGCUCUGCAGCUCACCCAUCACAGCGCAAAGGCGCUGAAGAAGCCGCUGUACCCGGUGCGGCCGGCGUACGGGUCGCCGGGGGGAGCAGGCGCGGGUGGAGGCUCGCCGUGGCUGGACCGCGAAGCCGUGCUGUCCGUGUUCACCAAGCUCACGCCGCACGAGCUCGCCACCUGCGCGCUCGUCUGCAAGGCCUGGGCCGAGUACUCCAUGGAUCCAUCGUUGUGGCGCAACAUGUCGUUUGUUCAAGUACGAGUAUCAGCAGCACAGCUAGCUGGCAUCGUCCGACGACAGCCCUUGUCACUCGGCCUCGAGUGGUGCCAUUUAGCCAGGAGACAGCUUGCUUGGCUGCUGGCGCGGCUGCCCACGCUGCGGUCGCUGUCGCUGGCCGGGUCGCCGGCGGAGGCGGCGCUGGCGCUGCGGUCGCCCGCGUGUCCGCCGCUCACGUCGCUGGACCUGUCGUUCGCGCGCUGCUUGGACGACGCGAAGCUGCGCGGCGUGCUGGCGCCGCCCGAGGCGUCGCGGCCCGGCGGCGGCGCGCGCACUGGCGCCGAGCCCUCGCGCCUCGCCGCGCUCGCCGUGCUGCGUCUGCCUGGCACAGACAUCACCGACGUGGCCAUGCGCUACGUCGUGCAGGCGUUGCCAAAACUUGUCGAACUAGACGCAUCUUCUUGCGCCCGACUGACUGACGCAGGAGCGGCACAAUUGGCGCACCACUCGCUACAACGACUCUCACUGGCCGGCUGCAGGCUGCUCACUGAAGCCGCACUCGACCAUCUAGCAAGAUGUCCUAAUCUCGUCCGGCUGGAUCUCCGACAUGUACCUCUUGUUUCUACACAAGCGGUGAUUAAGUUUGCUGCCAAAUCCAAACAUAACUUACAUGUUAAGGAUGUUAAACUUGUAGAGCUAAGGAAAACCUGA